ACGCGGCAGCCAUCUUGAGAGCGCGCUUCUUCGAAAGCGACACAAGUUGGACUCAAGGGUUUUUUCCGUCGACGACGGUUUGUACGAGGAAAACGACGACAUGCGAAGUCUGCAGCGAAAACUACCAGCGACACAACUUUUAACAUCCAUCUUCAGUACAAAAGCGACGGAGAAAGCUGCUUCUACUGUCGUGAGCGGAGGGGAGGGUUCAUUUCAUUCAGCGGCGGCAGCAGCAGCAGCAGCAGCAUUGGGACGUGGCCGAACAUUCAAACCUCACGGGGGAGACACUUUUCACAGUCAUGGCCUCCGCUCCUCCCCACAACUUCUCCUGGGUGGAGCCAGGCAAACUGGCCGGACUGGCGUUGCCCAGGAUGACAUCCGAUUACCAGUAUCUGCUGGACAACGGCAUCAAACACCUGGUGUGCCUGUGUGAGAGAAAACCACCUCACCACGACUCGUGCCCAGAGCUGCAGCUGCACCACAUCAAGAUUGUCGACUUCACCCCUCCUUCGCCGAGUCAGAUUGAUAGAUUCCUGUCUCUCGUAGAAGAGGCCAACUCCAAGGGGGAGGGUGUAGGAGUUCACUGCAUGCACGGCCACGGCAGGACAGGGACAAUGCUGGCCUGCUACCUGGUGAAGACUAGGAAGAUUCCAGGUGUCGACGCCAUCAGCGAGAUCCGCCGACUGCGCAAAGGCUCAAUUGAAACCCACGAACAGGAGAAGGCGGUGGUGCAGUUUUAUCAGCGCACCAAGUAACAAAUUUAACAGAGGGAACAAGACGACAUCUGUGAGGAACCAGGUGUGUCACUGAUAAUUACAGAUAAUAAGUUCAAAAUGAUGGAAAGAGGUGCCUCGGUUAUACAGAUAAACUUAUACUUUAUUUUCUAUGAACAGGAACAAUUUAAAACAGGUGUCUUAUCAAUAAACUCAAAGGCCUGGAUGUGAAUUGCUGUACCCAGAGUAUCUACCUAAAGAGAAACACUUCUACAGUUUAUACAUACAGAACUACCUUUAAAAUUAUACCGUAUACUUUCAUUUUUAUCCAGCAUUUUAUUAUUUUCUUCAUAUUAACAUGCUCUUCUUCUUGAGUUUUCCUUUUACACGGUUUUAACCAUGAUUUAUGCACUGGACAAAAAGAGACGCUGACGCUCCCUGAACGUAAGCUUUUCAGGAGCUGCCAUGCUCUGGAUUUUCUCCUCCCGGUUUCUGCAAAUAAACAACGCACAAAUACUUUUUAUUCCUUGUUGGGGAGGAUAUUUAUAGGUGUGCAAAUUUAUUUUAACUCAGGAAUUAUUAUUUUUUCGAACCCUUGUGGAAGUGGAAAGAAAGACAUUCAGAGAGCAAACUGUAACAAGCUUGACUAAAGCAGACUAAUGUAAUACGCUUAAUGUGAUAGUUAUCAAGUUCAUGUUAUACUAAUCAGUUGUCUUUUAAGUCAUCAUGAGUAGAAAAAGGCUGCACAAAUAGCUUCAUGUCAUGGUUGAUUUCAUUUCAGUGUUUUGCUUCAAUUGCCAGAAAAAAGGUAAACUCACUGCUUUGUUGCCACAUUAUGAACAUUUUCAGUCAGUCCAGUCCGUCUUUGUGCUGAAAAAUUUAAAUAAAAAAAAUUAUAUUGAA